CCGUAUAUUCAGCAUGUGCCCCAGCUAGCUGUUGUCCCUCGUACAGUCUCAGUUACUACCAGAAUUAGCAGCGUUCGAAUUACAAGGGUGUGUCCACAAUUACGAACACCUAUCUAUCAUAUGAGUGGCCGGGACACAUAUCAGACAUCACAUGGAUAAUACUUUAGUAUCAGCCGUAAAGAACAACAAGGUUUUUGAGGUUGAAGGUUUCCUAGCUGCGGGAGCUUCUCCAGAUGAGUGUGAUUAUGAUGGAUGGCCUGUGCUGGCUAGGGCUUGUGACAAUUGCUACAGGUCUAUUGUUGAAUUACUAGUAAAGAAGGGAUCAAAUGUUAACAAAGCUACAAGAUAUGGAUGGACUCCUUUAAUGAGAGCAGCAUAUCGAGGUGAUGAUUCAAUCAUUGAUAUGGUAUUAUCAGCUAAUGCUGAUGUUAAUCUGACGAGUGAGGAUGGCCGGACAGCAUUGCAUUGUGCUGCUAUUAACAAUCACUCUAAAGUCGUUAGUAUUCUGUUGAAGAAUGGAUGUGAUAUGGGUAUAAAAGACAAUAGAGGAGAAACCGCACGCAAUUGGCGGAGAGACUAAAUAAGAAGGACGCAACAGAUGCAAUCAAAUCGUUUUCUAUCAUUCAACCACUGGCUUCAUCAUCAAUACCGCCUUUCGGCAGUCGUUUGUGCUCAUCAGGAAAAGCGACAUCGGUUCAUCUCUCCACAGCAGCAAAUGAAGGAGAAUGUUUUCUUUAUGUCACAGACUACUACACCUGUACGACAAUCACCCAAACAAGACAGUGGAAAGGGAGAUGAACAGUUAGUCAAGCAGUUGAUGCAACGGAUAGAGCAACUGACACAGGAUGGUUCAGCGAAAGAUAGACAAAAUAGAGAAUUGAAACAACGAAACGCUGAUAUAGAGAAAUCGCUGAGGGACGAGCAACUGCGAAGGCAACAUGCUGUUACUCAAGAAAGAAGGGAGAAAGAAGAGCUACAGCGAAGACUACGAGAACGAGACCAACAAGUUGUUGAAGUGAGGCAACAGAACACAGAAUUACAACGACUAUUGAGAAAUGAGCAACUGCAAAGAGAAGAUUCAGUUGCUAAAGAGAAAAGAGAGAAAGUCGAACUGAGGCAAGUGCUACAGCGAGUGCUUGAAGACAAACACAAUCUUCAGAAGAAUCUCGAUGAAGCUCAGCAACAUAUUCAACAACUAAUUGAAGAGAAGAAUAACCUCCAGCGACUACUGAUAGAAAAGCGAAGAGAGAAGUCUAACAUUGAAGAACUGCUGGCAGAUGCUGAUGCAGCCAUUGAACGAUACAAGCAAAGACAGCGGAACGAAGUACUGAAUAUUCCAUCACAUGAUAUUCAGUUGACAAAUACAGAACUAGGACGUGGAUCAUAUGGAGCUGUAUGUGUUGGAUAUUGGCGUGGAUGUCCUGUUGCUGUCAAAAGUUUGUAUGAAGAUUUGGCAGCUGUUCAACGCAACGUUCAACUUGUACAACAAGAAGCAUCUGUAGCAUGGAAGAUACAUCAUCCAAACAUUGCGACUGUUUGUGGUGUCACUCUGGAGGUAGAAGGAAAGAGAGCUUGGAUUAUCGUGGAAUUACACAGUGGCUCCAUGUCUGGGGUGAUUGAUGCAUGUCAAGGAGAUGUUGCACCUCUCACAUUACGAGAGACAGUUGACAUGACAUAUGAUUCUUUGUGUGGACUUGACUACAUUCAUUCGAUGCAACCUAGGGAAAUUCUCCACGGUGACAUCUGUCCAAGGAACAUCCUGGUAACACCAACAAUGAGAGCAAAACUAGGUGAUCUAGGAGCCGCUCGUUUUCAAGAUGUUUCCCUAUCGGUCGGCCUGCUCAGUCCACAGUACACACCUCCUGAGAGGUUUGAUGUUCCAACUUUACCAAAAAACAAGGCUACGGACAUGUAUAGUAUGGGAGUGACUAUAUGUGAGCUUUUCACGGCUGCAUUUCCGGAUCGUGAACUAAGGAUGGAUCAAGUUUUACUCAUCCGUCAAAUAGAUGUCCGUUCAGUAUGCAAACAUUUGAUGAGAGAAAAUCCUGUCACUCGACCAACAGCAGCAGAAGCCCGUCAUGUUAUUGGUCGUAUUCGUGAGACAGACGAAUAUAAAGCUUGUCCUUCUAAGAGAAUGGUAAAGGGAAAGAUGGAUGGAAUAGCUGAUGUCACUCUUGUUUAGUCCAUCUGAUAAGUUUGUCGUGUCUUUGAACCACGCAUUUCUUCUUUUAUUGCUUCACUUCAUAUGUAUGUUGGUAAAAUAUGUAAACUUACUAGCAGCAAUUAUCCUAUUUCACUGUUGCAUUUUGCUAUCUCAUUUGUGAGGGAACUCUAGACUAUAAGGGUUUUAGUUUAUUGAGCAUGGCAUUGUAUACUUCGUAACUGUAAGUUCGCUGCGUAUUUAGUAGACUUUUGUUAAGUGAUAUGAUAGUAAGAUCGCUAUGUGCACAAUCCGAGUUUGUAUUAACU